CACAUCACUCCUCCUCCUCCACCCACGCAGCUUACAGUCAGCUAUCCACCUCCACCUGAUCCACAAUGUCUAAGGUGGUGUGUGUCUGCCUCGCCGUCCUGAUUGCAGGUGUUGCAUCAAUGCCCUCAAGUGGCUACCAACCACAACCAUACAAACAGCCUGGCAUGCCGUACAACUUCGCCUACGGAGUGAAGGAUGACUAUGCCGGCACAGACUUCGGCCAGGAGGAAAACAGCGACGGUAACACGGUGAAGGGGUCCUACACUGUGCAACUCCCCGACGGCCGCAAGCAGACGGUGAACUACGUGGCUGACCAUCAUAACGGCUUCGUGGCUGACGUGCAGUACUACGGAGAGGCGCAGUACCCACACGAAUACGGCGCCCCUGUUACCUUCAGGCCUUAUGGAGGCGGCUACCACUAACACACCUGCCCACCUGUCCUUAAUUACCACCCCACCUUCCGAAUACCUGCCGCAUUUACUGAAGGUGAAAGUUGCAGGUGUGAUUGUUUGUCUGCACACCUGUCCUCCUUCACCUGACUGACUGGCUCUGGUUAAUUAGUCCGCCUCACCUGUGUUUUGUGUACAGGUGUGGUUUUCCUGUAUUCAGUGUUUGGUUUUGUACUUUUUAUACUUUUUUAAUGAUAUAUUUUUUACCUGCUUUAGUUCUUGUUCUUGUAGAGAUUUAUGUUUCUCUCUCUCUCUCUCUCUCUCUCUCUCUCUCUCUCUCUCUCUCUCUCUCUCUCUCUCUCUCUUUACUUUUGCUACCUUACACACACAUAAGUGCACAUACACAUACAUACACACACACGUACAUGGGUUGUGUGCGUACAUGAAACUGUUUCGUAAGAUGGCUGGAUGUAACGGUGAAAUUGUACACACACAGGAGAAAGUACACACACACACACACACACACACACACACACACACACACACACACACACACACACACACACACACACACACACACACGAGCACAUUAUAAUUUCCUAUUCCGCACUUCACAAUAUAAAUAAAAUAAAAUGAUAAAAAAAAAUAUAAAGAAAUGAUGAAGAAUAAAUAUUUUUGUACUAUA